UUCUCUUUUCCUAAAUGCCCGAAGCGCGGCUUGGGGAAGGAAGGAAGGAGGAGGAGGAGGAGUGCGCAUGCGCGUUGCCCUGGGAGUCCUCCUGGCGUCUUUAUGUAUAAAUAAGUAAAGGAAUAAAGAGAAAGGAGGGAGGGAGCGGCCCAAGGAAGAGGGGGCGCCAUGCGAGCAGCGCUGACUUGGAGAGAUAAGGCGGAACAGUGUAUUUAUGACCUUGCAUUUAAGCCAGAUGGGACUCAGCUGAUAAUUGCUUCUGGGAACAGAUUAUUGGUUUAUGACACUUCUGAUGGGACAUUAAUCCAGCCCUUGAAAGCACAUAAGGAGACAGUAUUCUGUGUAGCUUAUGCAAAAGAUGGGAAGCGCUUUGCUUCUGGAGGUGCAGACAAAACUGUCAUCAUCUGGACAUCAAAAUUAGAAGGAAUCCUGAAAUACACGCACAAUGAUUCCAUACAAUGUGUAUCCUAUAAUCCUGUUACACACCAAUUGGCAUCCUGCUCCUCCAGUGAUUUUGGUCUGUGGUCUCCUGAACAGAAGUCAGUCAAUAAACACAAAGUUAGCAAUAAGAUCACCUGUUGUAGUUGGACAAAUGACGGACAGUACCUUGCCUUAGGAAUGUUCAGUGGUGUUGUCAGCAUAAGAAAUAAAAAUGGGGAAGAGAAAGUAAAAAUUGAAAGACCAGGUGGCUCUUUAUCACCAGUGUGGUCUAUUUCUUGGAAUCCAUCAAGUCGAUGGGAGAAUCUCUGGACUGCUAGAGACAGCGAAGAAGAGGAGGAGGGAGGUCACACCUGUUUAGAGGACAUACCAGUUCUGAAGUCCAUCACAUGCAGUAGUCAGGGUAGUGAGGCAGAGGAAGAAGAACAUGAGGAAGAUGAGAGUCCUAGGAAUGCCAGCUCAGAUGAACACAAUGACAUCUUAGCUGUGGCAGAUUGGGGACAAAGGCUUUCCUUUUAUCAGCUGAGUGGCAAGCAAAUUGGAAAGGAUAGAGUCCUGAAUUUUGACCCUUGCUGCGUUAGCUAUUUUUCAAAGGGUGAAUACAUCUUGCUUGGAGGCUCAGACAAACAAGUAUCCCUCUAUACAAAGGAUGGAGUGCGCUUGGGUACUAUAGGAGAACAGAACACUUGGGUGUGGACAUGUAAAGCUAAGCCAGAUUCCAAUUACGUGGCAGUAGGAAGUCAGGAUGGAACAAUUUCAUUUUAUCAACUGAUUUUCAGUACAGUCCAUGGCCUUUAUAAGGAUCGCUAUGCUUACAGAGACAGUAUGACUGAUGUCAUAGUUCAGCAUCUCAUCACUGAACAGAAAGUUAGAAUAAAAAAUAGAGAGCUUGUGAAGAAAAUUGCAAUCUACAAAAACAGAUUAGCAAUCCAGUUGCCAGAGAAAAUCCAGAUUUAUGAACUGUAUUCAGAUGACUCAUCAGACAUGCAUUACCGUGUGAAGGAAAAAAUAGCAAAAAAGUUUGAAUGUAACUUGCUGGUUGUAUGUUCUGAGCAUAUUAUCUUAUGUCAGGAGAAAAGACUUCAAUGUCUUUCAUUCAGUGGCACUAAAGAAAGGGAAUGGGUAAUGGAAUCUCUCAUUCGCUACAUAAAAGUAAUUGGAGGACCUCCAGGCAGAGAAGGCCUUUUAGUGGGUUUAAAAAAUGGUCAGAUUCUAAAGAUAUUUGUAGACAAUCCUUUUGCAAUUGUCUUGCUGAAACAAUCCACAGCAGUGCGCUGUUUGGAUAUGAGUGCAUCUCGAAACAAGCUGGCAGUGGUUGAUGAAAAUGACACAUGUCUGGUAUAUGAUAUUAACACCAAAGAACUGCUGUUUCAGGAACCCAAUGCUAAUAGUGUGGCUUGGAACACACAAUGUGAGGACAUGCUUUGUUUCUCUGGAGGGGGAUAUCUCAACAUCAAAGCUAGUAACUUUCCUGUCCAUCAGCAGAAACUUCAGGGGUUUGUGGUUGGCUACAACGGCUCUAAAAUUUUCUGUCUCCAUGUUUUUUCUAUGACUGCUGUUGAAGUUCCUCAGUCAGCACCUAUGUAUCAAUACUUGGAAAGGAAAAUGUUCAAAGAAGCCUAUAAGAUUGCAUGCCUGGGAGUAACUGACACAGAUUGGAAAGAACUUGCUAUGGAGGCUUUAGAAGGCCUUGAAUUUGAAACAGCUAAGAAGGCGUUUACCAGAGUGCGAGAUCUUCAGUAUCUAGAACUGAUAAGCAGCAUUGAGGAGAGGAAGAAGCGUGGAGAGAACAACAAUGACCUGUUUCUAGCAGAUGUUUAUGCAUACCAGGGAAAGUUUCAUGAGGCAGCCAAACUGUACAAAAGAAGUGGCUAUGAAAACGUGGCUCUUGAUAUGUAUACUGACUUGCGCAUGUUUGACUAUGCAAAGGAAUUCCUUGGCUCUGGAGACCCCAAAGAUACAAAGAUGCUAAUCACAAAACAAGCAGACUGGGCAACGCACAUCAACGAACCCAAAGCAGCUGUGGAGAUGUACAUUACUGCAGGCGAGCACAUGAAGGCCAUAGAAAUCAGUGGAGAUCAGGGCUGGGUUGAUGUGUUGAUUGAUAUUGCUCGGAAGCUUGAUAAAGCCGAGCGUGAGCCUUUGACAAAAUGUGCAUUUUAUUUCAAAAAGUUAUUAAAUCAUGGCUACGCAGCAGAAACAUACAUGAAGAUUGGUGAUUUGAAGGCCUUGACACAGCUCUAUGUAGAGACUCAACAGUGGGAUGAGGCCUUUGCUUUGUGUGAAAAGCACCCAGAAUUUAAGGAUGAUGUCUAUGUUCCCUAUGCUCAGUGGCUGGCAGAAAAUGAUAGAUUUGAAGAGGCCCAAAAAGCAUUCCACAAGGCUGGCAGGCAGACCGAAGCUGUAAAAGUGUUGGAACAAUUAACUCGGAACGCUGUGGUAGAAAGCCGAUUCAAUGAUGCAGGGUAUUAUUACUGGAUGCUCUCCAUGCAGUGUUUAGAUAUUGCUCAAGAGAAUGAACAGCAGAAGACUGAAAUGUUACAGAAGUUUCAUCACUUCCAGCAUUUGGCAGAACUUUAUCAUGCCUAUCACUUCAUCCACAAGUGCACUGAAGAACCCUUCAAUCACUAUUUGCCUGAAACACUGUUCAAUGUGUCUAGGUUUUUACUUCAUAGUCUCACUAAGGAAACUCCUUUGGGAAUCUCUAAAGUCAAUACAUUAUUUGCCCUGGCAAAGCAGAGCAAAGCUCUGGGCGCCUAUAAAUUGGCUCGUCAUGCCUAUGACAAGUUGCAGGGGCUGCAGAUUCCAGCUAGAUUUCAGAAAUCUAUUGAGCUGGGGAGCCUGACAAUCCGAUCCAAGCCUUUCCAUGACAGUGAAGUAAGUUUCAAUUUUUACUGUUCUCACCUUUUAAUAUUUGAUGAGGCACAAGAGAUCACUUUUGCACUUGUGCAAAAUCUGAGACAUGCUGUAAGUAAAUGCAGAGUUUCUGCAGCAAUAUGUUACUUUGCAUUCAAUCUCUCUAAUCAAAUAAUAAUUUGAAAGGAGAAUUUGUGUGUCCACUUUGUCUUUCAAGAAGCUACUUCACCCUCUAAUCCUUAUGCACUACUCUCCUUUUUUCUGUUCAUUUAUCAGCUUCAUCUGACUAGCUUCUGAUGUCAACUACUUCCAGAAGCAUUUAAAGAAGCCUACUUUGUCCACAGUUUCUCUUGCAUAAUCGACCCUCUUUAUCCAUGGAUUCAAGCAUCCAGGCCUGAAAUAUUCAAUAUAAAGCAAAUUUUGAUUUUGGCAUUUUAUAUAAGACAAUGCAGCCUCACCGUACAUGGGUGCACUAUAUGCGGCUUCAAGCUUACGCUGAAACCGUGUGACAAUAAAACAUAUGGCGCACCCCCUGCUGCAACAUGCACCACAUUGUUUUCAAGAGGACGCGAGCAUACACAGAAUUCCCCUUACGCAGGGGGAUCCAGAACGGAUCCCUCAUGUAAGGGAAGGGCCCACUGUACAUUAUUUUACUGU